CCACGUGACCCGCCGGGGGCGGGGGUGGCCGGGGGGCGGCUGCGGAGGGACUGACAGGCGGCGGGCGGGGACGCGGCGCGGGUCGGCGCGGGGAGCUCGCGGCGGCGCCGGGAUGUGGAGCGGCCAGCCCCACCCAGACGAGGGCCACCCGCCGCCCCUCGAAGCUGUCCCGGUCCCCUGGAAGAGCGUGGGCCCCUGCAAAAGCCACAGGGAGUCCCCAAGAGGCCUGGCGGAGACCUCUGGAGGGGAGGAGGGCCCUGCAGCCGCCCAGCUGGACGUGUUGCGCCUGCGAAGCUCUUCCAUGGAGAUCCGGGAGAAGGGCUCAGAGUUCCUGAAGGAGGAGCUGCACAAAGCCCAGAAGGCCUGGGUCCCCGUGGGGCUGACAGCCCCCCCCCCCCCCCGUGGAACCCCCCAGGAGCUGAAGCUGAAGGACGAAGAGUGUGAGCGGCUGUCCAAGGUGCGGGAGCAGCUAGAACGGGAGCUAGAGGAGCUGACGGCCAGCCUGUUCGAGAGCCUGCCUUCUCCCCAGGAAGCCCACAAGAUGGUGCGGGAAGCCAACAUGAAGCAGGCAGCGUCGGAAAAGCAGCUGAAGGAGGCGCGGGGCAAGAUCGACAUGCUGCAGGCAGAGGUGAGCGCCUUGAAGACACUGGUCCUCACAUCCACACCAGCCUCCCCCAACCGUGAGCUCCACCCACAGCUGCUGAGCCCCACCAAGGCCGGACCCCGCAAGGGCCACUUGCGUCAUAAGAGCACUGGCAGCACCCUCUGCCCCGCUGUGUGCCCCGCGGCUGGACAUACCCUCACCCUGGACAAGGAGGGCAAAGAGGUGGACACAACCCUGUUCGCAGAAUUCCAGGCCUGGCGGGAAUCGCCCACCCUGGACAAGACCUGCCCCUUCCUCGAAAGGGUGUACCGGGAGGACGUGGGCCCCUGUCUGGACUUCACCAUGCGGGAGCUCUCAGCGCUGGUCCGGGCCGCGGUGGAGGACAACACGCUCACCAUCGAGCCCGUGGCUUCGCAGUCGCUGCCCACCGUGAAGGUGGCCACAGUUGAGUUUGGCAGCACCAAUACCUGUGCGCUGAGCGGGCUGGCUCGUGCCUGUCGCCACCGAAUCCGGCUUGGGGACUCUGAGAGCCAUUACUACAUCUCGCCGUCCUCCCGGGCCAGGAUCACCGCAGUGUGCAACUUCUUCACUUACAUCCGCUACAUCCAGCAAGGCCUGGUGCGUCAGGAAGCGGAGCCGAUGUUUUGGGAGAUCACGAGGCUGCGGAAGGAGAUGUCGCUGGCCAAGCUCGGCUUCUUCCCCCAGGAGGCCUAGGGCAUGGCCCAGGCCUAGAGGGGGGCUCUCAGCAGCAGCUGACCCCUGCCCCAGCACAGACAGACAGGAAGACAGAGUCCUGGAUCCGGCCCUGAGCCAGAAGCUGAGCAGAUGGACAGAUGGCCAGGCUGCGGACGCCUUGCUGAGCUGGUACCAAACCUUUGUCCUGGGACAGACAGGACCUCAUGAGCCGACGCGUCUCCCUUCAUCAGUGGCACACAGCCGCCAGGAGACUUCCAAGGAAGCACCAAAGACCGAGGAGCUUGGACCCACACUAAGGGGCUCAGCCCUUAGGAGGGGGUACCCGGGGCAGCACCCCCUUUGCGGGCCUGGGACCUGCUGCUUGCAGGUGCCUUGUUGCUGCCAUGUCCUCAGAAAGGGGCCACGCUGGGUGGCCUGAUCUCCAGGGUAUCCCCCACCUCUGGUCCCAAGCCCUGGGCCACCAGCGCCCCCUGGUGGCCAUCCCUCACCCAUUCCCAGGUGGCCUCCCUGUCGGACUGCCCCCAGCGGGCCCCCUGUGUCCGGUGUCCGCGGGGCGGUGGGGCCACAAGGGGCUGUCAGGGACUUCCACACCAACCUGGAUCUGCUUGAGAACUGCCCCCAAACUGUUCUUAAGGUGGAUCAGGGCCCCUCCUCCUUGCCCUUGACCUUCCCCCUCCCCCGUCUGAGCCCUGUGCUCAGGGAGGCCUUGCCCCCACCACCGUUGGAAGGAUUAGGAUACUUUUCUCCCGAAGUAAAACACAGACAGGGCCUCAGGACACCAGUGUCUGUGUUCAGCUGUGGGUGGCCAUUCAGACAAUGGGGGCUGAGGCCGCCAAGCCCUGCACACAGGACUGGGGUAGGGUGGGGAGGACCCAGGCCCCUCCUCACUCCUCACAGCCCACUUGGGACUGGGGUCCAACCUGGACACAUCCCUCACCACAGCUGAUUUCCUCCUUUGGAUGGAAUGUAACACGAUCUCUAUUUAAUAAAGGAAGGCUUUGUUGGUAGAGGCUGGGCGCCACGCGCCUUCACUCCUGUGCCCUGGGGUUCGGGCCAAGGCUUGGGCAUCUAAAGGAAUGAAACCAAAUCCUUCCGUAGCCCGCCCUCGUGCUUGGGAUUAGGCCCAAAUCCUGAAGGGACUGCUGUGGGGAGUACCACUCGAGGCCUCUCCAGAGGUCCAUGGGGCUGUGGGUUUUCAGGGCCGAGCCUGGCUUUCUGCCGAGGGGCCUGCUGUGGGGAGAGCAGCGGUGCUGAGGCUGCCCCUCGCACUGUCUCGUGGGGUAGAUCACCCUCUGGUCUCCCUGUGUCUGUCUAACGGGAGCUUAGAGGUCGCGAGGCUGCCUGGCGAGAGCUGGACAGUGACGGGAUCGAUUGGUGAUGUCUGCCAGCGGCGCAGACAUCUUAGCAAGGUGUGGACCUGGGGAGCUAUCUUGUGAUUCCAGAUCCCCUGCCCACCUGUAGGGGUGUGGGUCCAGGCCCGUGGGGGUCCCGGGGAGGGGGGAGCAUAGCAGCUUCUGGUCAGUGUGUACUGGGGCUGGUGAGGGGGUCCCUACUGGCCUGAGGCCUGAGGCCGGCUGUGGGCUGGCCAGGACUCUGUCAAGGCCACGCAACCCUAUCACCCUCACCAGCCAGGAGCCUUUUCGCUCUUGGUCUCCUGCCUUGCAGAUUCCCCCUUCCUUCCCCCACUUCCUCACGGGGUGAUCCCAACAUCCUCUCCUGCAUACCCGCCUCUUUCUGCCCUCCUCUUGGUCAGUCCUGGGUCAGCUGGGGGAGAAAGAGAAUGAAGGUCUGGGCUCUGAAGCUUCUGUGCCCCUGGAUGAGCCACCCAGGCCGAGGAAACACCAGGCCACAUUUCAGAGCCCUGGCAGAGGGUCCCACAGCCGACUCGCUUGGCCUGCCCCCAGGACAGGAUUUCCUGUCAGGCCAAGGCAGGGCUGUGGUGGGCAAACAACAGCGGGUGGGGUGCUUGUGGGGGACCCAGGGACACACAAUCUGGCUCAGGACCUCCCAACAGUAGCUAAUAUCUGAGCACUAACAUCAGCCCCAGGGCUGGCUCCACGCCCUUUAAGCAAACCAGUGCACUUAACCCUCAGAGAACUCCCGUGAGGUACUACUAUUUCCCCAUUUUGCAGAUGAAUCCCCUGAGGCACCGAGAGGUCACACAGUCAAGGGUGCCCCCAGGACAGGAAUGCCUGAGCCCAGCUCUGGAGCCAGCACCCAGGACUCCUUGCACUAGACAGCUGCCUUGUGCCUGACGCUGGAUGAGGCCUUUCCCUGUUUCUCAGAGACGUAGAAACUGAGUCUCAGGCAGAGGCGGAGCUGGAUUUUCAUUAGGCUUGUUUCCCACAUUUUUACGGGGUUACAGCUGCUCCCCCACCCCCACUCUUCAGGCUUCUGGGGGUGACUGGGGGCCCUCCGGAGGGAGAGGCUCAGGGCUUCGGCUCUUGGAGUUGGGAGAGGUUUAACUGACAUCGGCCGGACAGGAGUUUUUCCUCUUAAGUGAAUUUCUAGAUAACUCUGUAAGUGCUCCCGGCAUCUGUGGUCACCUCUUAAAAGCUAGCUCCAAGCGGCGCCUGGGUGGCUCAGUUGGUUAAGCGACUGCCUUCGGCUCAGGUCAUGAUCCUGGAGUCCCUGGAUCGAGUCCCGCAUCGGGCCCCCUGCUCAGCAGGGAGUCUGCUUCUCCCCCUGACCCUCCCCCCUCUCAUGUGCUCUCUCAUUCUCUCUCUCUCAAAUAAAUAAAUAAAAUC